AUGGCCACACUCACCCCAACCUCCCCAGCAGACAGCUUCAUCGUGUCCGACAGCGGCGACGACGAGAGCGUAGCCUCAGACAGCGGUGACGACGACAGCGUCUGGGCCCUGGACCUCGACGACGACGAAGCCGCCGCCGAUACGCCGGUCGCGUCGCCGGUAGGCCCCAACGUGACCGUCGGCCGCGUCUGCGCUCGGGCCGCCGCGGCGCGGGCGCGCGCCCUCGACCGCGCGCGGGCCAUGGCAAGAGCCGACGCGUACCUGGACCUGAACGGCGAGGCUAGACAAGCGCACGCGGCGAGACAGCUCCGCCUCGACCACUUGCGGCGCGAGUGCGCGGCGCUGCGGCUGUCGGCGGCGCUCGUGCUGGCGAGCGCGCCCGACGCCGUCGUGGCGGACGCCGACGAGUUACUAGAUCAGGGCUACGCCGCCGACGAGGUGUUGGCCGUCGUCGCGGCGACGCAGCCCGCCGCCGCCGCGGCCGCGCGGCGGCGCUGGGAGGUCGACGCUGACGACGAGGGCCCGCCCCUCAAGUCGGAGAUGUCGAACCGGAGCGCGACGAUCGCCCGAGGGUUGCUACAACUUUUCUUCGCCGACGGCACGAUGGCCGGGCUCGCGCGGUGCGCGGCCGCGUGCGACCCCACGGAAUACGCGCGCGACGCGGCCAUUCUGAAGCUCCUCGCGUCGACGCUGGACCUGCCCCUCGAGAUCGUGCGGCUCGUCGGCGAGUUCGCCGUGCAGUCGCCGCUCGCGCGCUUCUCGAUGGCGGGCCGCGUCGACGGCGCGGUCCUGGCGCGGCUCCUGCGGCCGCACAUCGACGGCGUCGUCGGCAAGCUCAAGCGCACGAAGCACUUUGGGCGCGUCGUGGCCGUCGCGCGCGGCGCCGCCGUCGCGCUGCCGGCGCCAAAGCCGCGGCCGAAGAAGAAGCCGCUCCCGAAGCGGCGCUGGAACGCGUCGUCCAUCAAACGCGACCCGCGCGGCGUCGCGCGCCACUGCCUCCGCGGCGCGCGCGGCCGACGGUGCUUCUGCGUGGACUGCUGGAGCGCGACGCAACUUAUUAAGUAG